AUGGGAUCAAUAAGCGGAGUUCAAGCUCGAUUCAAACAAAUCAUUCCGAAUUUGUUCGUGCUUGGCUGUGUAUGCCAUUCGUUCAAUCUUUGUUCGUCAGCAGCAGCACAAAAGUUACCAAGAAGUUUAGAGGAUAUGAUUCGAAGCAUUUAUAAUUACUUUGCUCAUAGUAGUAAUAGAGUGUCAAAGUUGCAAGAAUUUCAGGCUUUCGUCGAACUGAAGCCACACAAAAUGUUCCGUCCUAGUCAAACGAGAUGGUUGUCUCUUCAGGCGGCUGUAGAUCGCGUCUUAGAAAACUGGACUGCGUUAACUCUCUUCUUCACGAAUGAGUGCUUCGAAGAUAAUCUGCAAUCGGUUCAAAACAUUCUCGGCCAGUUACAAACACCUAUAUACAAGGUAUAUUUCACGUUUCUCUCAUACGUUCUGGAGCUCGUCAACAAGCUGAACGUCGAAUUUCAAGCCGAGAAACCUAAAUUGCAUCUUUUAUUGAGUCGAGUACGAGCGUUGUAUCGAUCGAUACUUCGUAACUAUAUUGAGAUAAAAUAUCUCGAUAGAAUAUCUUUACAAAAUAUCAAUCCAAGCGAUCCAAGACUUUUUUUGAAAUUGGAACAAGUUUAUUUUGGCGCACAAACAGAUUUGCUAUUAUCCAAUAAGGAUAUUGAUCCGAAAGAACUGCACAGCUUCAGAACGCAUGCUCUCAGUUAUUACGUCCUCCUUGCAGAACAACUAAAAAAACGUUUUAAUUUUGACGACGAAGUUUUAUUAUUCAUGAGCUGGUUCAAUCCUGCAAUCGCAGUAUCCGGUGAUAUCUCAAAUAUUGCAACCCAAUCUUUUAAACUUUUUCCACAACUCGUGAACGAUCUUGAAAGAUUGAAUAUCGAAUGGCGUCUCGUGGCCGAUUUAUCAGAGCUUAAAGCAUUCAAAGAGGAAACAUUGGAGACAUUUUGGACGCACAUUUUUCAGAUUAAAAAUGAUUUAAAAGAUUUGAUGUUUCCAAAUUUAACAAAAUUAGUAAAAGGAUUAUUGUGUUUGCCUCAUUCGUCAGCAGCGGCUGAACGAGUAUUUUCACAGUUGAAUCUUUUAAAAAAUAAGAUGCGAAACAAAUUGCAUGUCGAUACUUGCGAGAGUAUCCUCCAUGCGAAAGAACUUUUGGAUGACAAAACGUGUCAUAACUGGCAAUCAAGUCAGGCAUUAUUGAAAAGAAAGCCUCAGUAUGAUUCGAAUGCCAACAAACAAAAAAUAAGUACAUAGUGCUUCAGCACUUCAGCACUCAGUA